AGGGGGCGGGGUCCCGCGCAGGGGGCGGGGAGGCGGGCAAGAUGGCGGCUGGCGAAUGAUUGGCCCCGGAUCCCACCAGCAGCAGCGGAGACCCCGGGGCGGGGGGUUCUCCUUCGAGUGCCGUCCUUCCUCCUCUCCCCCGCCCCCGGAGCCCCUUCCCUCCACUCACUCCUCCGCCUCGAGGGGCGGGCCUGGUUCUCGGGACAGCAUGUCGGACUCUGAGGAGGAGAGCCAGGACCGGCAACUGAAAAUCGUCGUAUUGGGGGACGGCACCUCCGGGAAGACUUCCUUAGCUACGUGUUUUGCUCAAGAAACUUUUGGGAAACAGUACAAACAAACGAUAGGACUGGAUUUCUUUUUGAGAAGGAUAACGUUGCCAGGAAACUUGAAUGUUACUCUUCAAGUUUGGGAUAUAGGAGGACAGACAAUAGGAGGCAAGAUGUUGGAUAAAUAUAUCUAUGGAGCACAGGGAAUCCUCUUGGUAUAUGAUGUUACAAAUUACCAAAGCUUUGAGAAUUUAGAAGAUUGGUAUUCUGUGGUGAAGAAAGUGAGCGAGGAGUCAGAAACUCAGCCACUGGUUGCCUUGGUGGGCAAUAAAAUUGAUUUGGAGCACAUGCGAACAGUAAAACCUGAAAAACACUUGCGGUUUUGCCAGGAAAAUGGCUUUAGUAGCCACUUUGUCUCAGCCAAGACAGGAGACUCUGUCUUCCUGUGUUUUCAGAAAGUUGCUGCUGAAAUUCUUGGAAUCAAAUUAAACAAAGCAGAAAUAGAACAGUCACAGCGUAUUGUCAGGGCAGAAAUAGUGAAGUAUCCGGAAGAAGAUAAUCAACAUUCCAGCUCUGCUCAGAGUAAAAUCUGUUCAGUGCAGUAGUUCAGGUAUUAAUGGAUAAAUUAUUGCAAUUUGGGGAGAAGGAUGGGGAGAAAUAGUGAAUGCUAUCUUGUUCUUUAUUCCUUAUGAGUGGAGAAGUUGAGAUAAUUAUUAUACAUUCCUGAGAAUUAAUAUUGCAUAAGUACUGUUUUAGGACUUUGAAAAAUUGGUUCUUUGCCAGGAAACUUAUGAAUUAAACAAGAAAUUGGGAACAAAUUAAAAUAACAGUUCAGGUACUUUUAAACAUAUUUGUCUUUAUGGUUGUGUUUAUUACAUGUGUAGUGAAGUGGAGAAUUGACGCAGUUAUUUCAUUAUUCAUUCCUUGCUAUUUUAUCUGAGAUAACCUGCUAACUGAAAGAGUAUUUUAUAGAUUUUUUUAAAAGUUAGUUUUUUUUUUCUCCUUGUGUAUGCAGACUUAGUAAAAGAGUUGAAAACAGAAAAAGAUUUGUUUUACUUUAAAAUAUUACUUAGAGAUUAGGGCAUAUCGCUAAAUUCAUCUUUUAAGAUAUUCCUUGAAAUGUGGUUAUAAGGAAGGAGGGAAGAGUUAAAAGUGUCUUUUGGCUUAAAUAAUUAUAAAAAUAUGAUGUAAUUUUCUAAACUUGUCAUUUUUGCCAUAUUUUGUCAAAGUCAUUAUUCGUAGCCCAGUAGUAAGCUAUUUGGGAGUAAGUUAGGGGUUUGGGAGGAAAGUUUUAAAAAUUGGGUUGUUCAAAACAUAUCUGCUUUAUAUGUGUCCUCAUUAGCAUUUAUACCUCUUCUUACUAACUCACAAACUGCUGUAAAUGUUCUAAAUUAUAUAAUGGCUUAUAUAAUAAGUAAUGACUUUUUUACUUUGAAAUGAUGAGGCAAUGGUCUUCUCUACAAAUUAAAAUGUGUGUGUGAUGAUUCAUUUUAAUUCCUUUGCUUUAAAUUAUAACCAGGGUUUACUUUUUCAUAUUGACUUGUCACUUUUUAUGAGGCUUGUGAUAACCUCAAGUUAAUGUCAUGCAGCCAGGGGAGACUCAAUAAGUCAGUUGCUGCUGCUUCCUUAAAAAAACAAACAAACAAAAAACAAGAAAGCCCCAACUCUACAUUAGUUUGUUCUGGUUGAUUCUUUCAAUAUCAGCUCCCGCUUCAUUUAUGAUGUCUAUCUUCAGGAGGUCACCAAAGUUCCUAAAAUAAAAAUAUACUUUAAGGAGUUGUUUCUAAAUGUUCUGAUUUCCUGAUAAUAACUCUGUUUUCUUUUAUGACAGAGGGUGGUGAAGGCAGAUAUUGUAAACUACAACCAGGAACCGAUGUCAAGAACUGUUAACCCUCCUAGAAGCUCUAUGUGUGCAGUUCAAUGAGAGCAGUUUCCCUUUGUAUUGAUAGUUCUGGCUGCCCUUCACCUCUGUAGACCCGGAGACUUCUAGGAACUUUGUUUUAUCAGUGACCAUCUCUGUAGUUCAGUUAACACUUUCCUCCCAGCUUGCUUCAUCAGUGUUGCCUCCAAGCCCCAGGCAGCUCCUUGGACUGGAAAGAAUUCAACUCGGGACCACACACUUUGAAUUCCAAAUGGAAAGCCUAUUCUCUGGAGUUAGACCGCUUCAGUGAAAAAGAGUGAAGUUGGUUCUCUUUUUGUCUUCACUUUUUUUUUUUUGCCUUGAUGUAAAUUGUUCAAACACGUAUGAAAACUAUCCAAGUCUUGAUUAGCCAGCCGGCUUUAUUGCCACAGCAGUUUCCUUCUCUUAUCAGGACUCAUACAUGGCACAGUAUACUUCAGAGCGCAAACAUUUAAACAAGUUGUAUAUUUUAUCUACAGAUACUUAAGAAGACAUUCUUUUGCUAUCUUAUUGUGAGUGAAAACAUAUAAAGCUGUAUCUAACUGAAAAUGCUUGAAAUAAAGCUGUAAUAGUAAUAUUUUUUUUCACUUUUUAAAAAAGGCCCUAAAUUGUUUAUAUUUAGUAGCUUGUAAUUCAUAAAGUAGUGAGUGUUUGAUAUUGUAUUUUUCUUAGUAUAUCAUGGUCGUUAUGUAUUGUGUGAUACUCAGGUUAGAUGGCUUUAUGAAUUUUAAUAAAUGUUCAGCAGAUGCUCCAGGUGGAAUUUCUCCUGCAAACUGCUUAAGAGUACUCCCAGGAUGAGUUAGGACAGAUUGUUGGAUCAUUGUGGAUCAGACUGUACCUGACGUUCAGAUGUUUCUCUCCCACAAAUAAAUCUAUUUAAAUUA